UUGGCUUCGAAACAUACAAUCGAUGCCCCACCUGCACGGCUGCACCGCUGCACGAUGAAUCAGAAUGGACAAAACCAAAAAAAAACAAAGGAAGAAAAUGAAGGCCAUCUUCCCAUCACGACGAGACGACUACUGAUCCAUCUCGCUUUGAAACCCCUUCUGGGCAAUGGCGAUUCGCAGAGAGAAACCCCAGACGUUUCGCGGAUCUCCCCUCCUCAUAGCCAUUGUCGUCGGAAUUCUUCUCGGCUGCGUUUUCGCCGUCUUGUAUCCUCACGGGUUCUUCAGCUCCGAUCCGGCCAUUGCGACGGCUCGUCGAACUGCCGAAUCAGAUCUCCAGUUAGGAUGGCCAAGUUGGGAAAUUUUGAAAAAUCUUUCCAAUUUCAGGCUGCGUCCUCCUGCGAAUCACCAGAAAGAAUUCGAGUGCUGAAAUCAGACAUAGUGUCUCUAACAGAGAGCAACGCGCUAUUGAAGAAACAAGCCAGGGAGCUCAACGAGAAGCUGCAGAUGGCUGAACAAGAAAAAGAUCAUGCACAGAAGCAAGUUCUGGUGUUAGGCAAACAGCAGAAAGCUGGGCCUUUUGGCACUGUCAAGGGCUUAAGAACCAACCCUGCAGUGCUCCCAGACGAAUCUGUCAAUCCUCGGCUGUCAAAAAUCUUGAAGGAAAUCGCUGUGCAGAAUGAGGUCGUUGUUGCCCUAGCAAAUUCGAACGUGAAAGAAAUGCUAGAAGUUUGGUUCACCAACAUCAAAAGGGUCGGGAUACCAAACUACCUUGUUGUAGCACUCGACGAUCAUAUAGUUGAUUUCUGCAAAUCGAAUGGGGUCCCAGUGUACAAAAGAGAUCCAGAUGAAGGUGUCGACUCGAUUGCAAGGACUGGGGGAAAUCAUGCAGUCUCUGGGUUGAAAUUCCGAGUAUUGAGAGAGUUUCUCCAGCUGGGAUACAGUGUGCUGCUCUCAGAUAUCGACAUUGUCUUUCUCCAGAACCCAUUCAAUCACCUGUACCGAGACUGUGACGUGGAGUCCAUGACUGACGGCCAUGACAACAUGACAGCAUACGGUUUCAACGAUGUGUUCGAUGAGCCUGCCAUGGGGUGGGCUCGAUAUGCUCACACGAUGAGGAUAUGGGUUUACAACUCGGGGUUCUUUUACAUCAGGCCGACUCUGCCUGCAAUCGAGCUGUUAGAUCGAGUUGCAGGGAGGUUAUCUCGCGAGCCAAAUUCGUGGGACCAAGCGGUUUUUAAUGAGGAGCUCUACUUUCCGUCUCACCCGGGUUACGAAGGGCUUCAUGCUGCAAGGAGAACAAUGGAUUAUUAUAUGUUCAUGAACAGCAAGGUGCUUUUCAAGACUGUGAGGAAAGAUGCCAAGUUGAAAAAGCUGAAGCCAGUUAUAGUUCACCUGAAUUAUCACCCAGAUAAGUUUCCUAGAAUGAAAGCUGUUGUAGAGUACUACGUUAACGGGAAGCAAGAUGCUUUGGAGCCCUUCCCUGAUGGUUCUGACUGCUCCAGGACUCGUUCGAUCAUCUCCACUGUGAUUCUGACGUGGAAUCCUCAUUGGACGGCCACAACUAGAAAACAGCCUUGGGGAUCGGUUUCACUUCUCGCAUUUGAUCAUGAUCUGGGUUUACGACUCCAGGUUCUUUCAUUCGAGGCAGACUGUCCCCCUGCAAAGCUCAUGGAUCUGGAACCCUUCUCAGAUGAAGCAGAGUACUCCAGUUGUGUGAUCUUUAAACACUUCCUCAGUCCUCACUAUCAACCUCUCAUGCUGAAGAACAUCCAGAGAGAUAGUAGUGUUCUAGUGAGCUACAAUCCUCCUCCGAAGAGCCCCUGCAGAAACCCUAAUUCGGACCUCGACUUCAACGACGUCUUCGGCGGUCCGCCGCGCCGGGCGUCGCUGCAGAAUGUCCGGCACAGUUUCGGCGAGGAGCCGUCUGGAGACGACCCGGAAACGGCGCCGUUGCGGACGCGGUGGUCCGGGCUGUACGAGAAGCCGGUUUUCGGAGAACAUGAAGGAGCGGCGAAGAACAGAGGAGGAAGGGGUCACAACGGAGAUUUCUUCGAUGACAUAUUUGGCGGGAGCGAGUCGUUGAGUUCUUCUCCGAGGAGGCAAGUCACCGGAUCUCCGUCCGGAUCCAGGGUUUUGAGCCCGGCCCGACCGCUCCCGCCGAGAUCCGACCCGAUUGGAAGUUCAAGUUCCUCACUUCCUGCCCCGUUCAGUCUACCUUCGAAGCUAAUGAAACCGACGACGGAUCUGCCUACAUUUGGUUCGAGUCCUCGCAGCUCCCUGCUGAAGGCCAAGGAAGUUGCUUCGAAUGGCGGCAUGAUCAGCAACUACUCAUUUUCUCCACUAUCAAGAUCCUCAAGCAAGACAGAUUUGGUGGUGAUGGAGGAGUUCAAAGACAAUAUCCGUAGCCAGGGCUCUCUCUCCCGCCAAUUCUCCGUCAACAGUCGCGACGACUUGUCAAGCAUGGACAAAGAACAAGGUGAAGAACAAUACAAAGAAAGCACUUCAGAAGAUAAAAGCAAAGGAGGCAACCGUGGCCAUGGCUACGGCCAUUUCCACUUCUCAAUCUACAAAUGGGCAAGCCAAGGAGCUCCUCCCAUUUCCAUGCCUCUGAGGUCAGCAAACGGUUCGAGAUCGAAAGACAAGUUGGUAUUUAGUUCACCAGCAAGUGAAGCUUCAGCUGAGUUAGAAACACAACUUAAACCAGAGUUGAAACCAUUGCGUUCUAUGCUCUUAGACAGUGAUUCUGAACAAGGAACUUUGGAAGGAGAUAGUGACAAGGAUUUGUUGAGAGAGAGCAAAGUGAAGAGUAGUAGUAGCAAGAAGAAGGCAUCUUCUGAAGCAUUUGAUGUCAGCCAGGGGAAAGUGGAAGUGCAAAAGGGUGAUAGUAGGUUGCAGGAAAUCCAUGAAAGGAGUAAUAAAACAAAGGGGAAGAAGGUGAAUGCUUUUGUGAAGAUUUUUAAUCAAGAGGUGAAGAAACCCGAUGUGAUGAAGGGUUUUAAAACACAGAAGAAGCCUGAGAAGAAGAAAGAGAGCAGAGAUUCCAGGACACCGGAUGAUGAUGGAACCUCUAAAACAACUAGAAGUAAUGAAGAGGAAAUCAACUUGGCUCCUGAUUACAACAGCAAGGGAAUUCAUCUGAGGGAAGCAUCAUAUAAUGUUCAGGUUGAUGAGUAUCAGAAGCAGACAGAUGAGAAAAUACCUGUUGUAGAAAGGAGUUACAGUUACAGGUCUUCUGAAACUGAGCAUAUAUCAGCAGCAUCAGCUCCUGAUCCCUCAGAAGAAGCAUCUGUUGGAGACCCAGAUGAACCAUUCCAGGUCAGAGAAUUACCAGACCAGAUGGAGGAAGAUGAACCCAUUCCAACUACUGACAGUAACUCUGAAGAACUCCAGGUGAAUGAUGCCAAGAUACGAAAAUGGUGCCAAGGGAAGGAUGGAAACAUACGAUCCCUGCUCUCAACUCUACAAUAUGUUCUUUGGGCGGGGAGCGGGUGGAAGCCGGUGCCUUUGAUGGACAUAAUCGAAGGGAAUGCAGUGAAAAGAUCGUACCAAAGAGCCUUACUCUGUCUCCACCCAGAUAAGCUUCAACAGAAAGGUGCCACUCCAGAACAGAAGUACAUUGCUGAGAAGGUUUUCGAUAUUUUGCAGGAAGCCUGGAUACAUUUCAAUUCUCUCGGUUCGAUUGUGUGACCGACUGGUUGAACCGACCGAGCAGUCUUCACUUUUGUGCGUUGGUGUAGAUUUUUUUUAUGAUAUCACCCUUCAACUGUAUAGAUAUUGAAAUCAUAUGAACAUUUUAAAAAGUGGACAUAAUGUUUGUGGGGAAAUUCGUGACCCUGUGAAGGGUGUGCGAGAACCAUGAUUCAUUAGAAAAUAAACCACCAAUGACCCAAAUGUUGGCUAUCAGCAAUUCAGCAUGUUAUGGAGUCAUUCUUUUCUUUCACUUUUUCUAUGUGUUUUUUCUUUCUUUUUUUUUUCUGUUUUUACUGUGGGCUUGAACUUUGAAAAUUGAUGCCUAAAAAGCAUAUAAAGCUAAUAACCAUAGGAAGGUACAGAUUUGGUUCCCAAAGAAGAGAUCUUCCACGCUACAAAAUUUGGACUUUUGGUAACUGGAGUGGGGGAGUGUGGGAAUAUCGAACAGUGCCCUCCAAGCCCUUUUGUAAUGAUGAAAAAGUUUGAAUCUUGAAUAGCUUAGAUUUUUUUUUCUUUUAUAUAAUGGUGACAACUUAAAUUAAAAAGGAAAAAAUAAGGCAA